GGGGGCGGAGUGUGAGCUCGCCGGGAGGCCGCUCUGGACUCUGCACCCCUACGUGUGUGCGCCCUACUUCCCGCGUGUCAGCCGUCCUCUGCCUGCCCAUGGAAGGGGCCGGAUCCCCAUCGACGGGGGAAGAGCUGGAGCUCUCGGUGCUCGGGGGGCAGCCCGACGAGCAGAAGCCUCUCAACGGAACCGUCCAGGUCAUCCCUCUCUCGGUCGAGGAGCCCCGCGCGGCCCAGGCUAACAAGGAGAACCCUUGGAGCUCCUGUAAUAAGAAAUUGAUUGGAAAGUGCAAACUGUGGAUGGUCAUUGCCUCUGUUUUCCUAGGUCUCAUUGUAGUGAUCAUCAUAAGCUUAUGUCUUAUUGGAGCAACUUACAUCGAUGAAGAUGAAAACGAAAUACUUGAAUUAUCAUCAAAUAAAACAUUCUUGGUCGAGCUAAAGAUUCCAGAGGACUGUGUUACCGAGGAGGAGUUGCCUCACCAGCUCAGGAAAAGGCUCACAGAUGUGUACAGUUCAUCCCCGUCUCUGAGUCGUUACUUUACUUCAGUGGAAAUUACGGACUUCAGUGAAAAUGCCACCGUAGCCUACCACCUGCAAUUUGGGGUUCCUUCAGAAGAUGACAGUUUUAUGAAGUAUAUGAUGAAUAAAGAGUUGGUGCUGGGCAUUUUACUACAGGAUCUCCAUGAUCAGAGAGUGUCCGGUUGUGAGACUUUGGGGCUUGAUCCAGCAUCCCUCUUGCUCUACGAAUGAAGCGGUGGAUACCAGUCUGUAUCUGAAAGCAGUGCUCCACUGAGUUUGGGGAUGAGAGAAUUCAUGUCAUUUUCCAGAAGGGAUCCUGUGAAUUAACGUGGAAGGACUGGCAAUGGCCUCUCCCCCCCAUUCUGCGUUUAUGAGGUCUGGCUCCGUCUCCAGCAAAACAGCACCUGCGAGCUACUGCGGCUGGGUUCAGCCUUGACAGAGGCAGGAAGCCCGC